UUGUGGAUCAGUGAGUCCUUGUGUCGCUCACUCCUAGUAAACAGCUACAUAUAAUGAGAGGCGGUGACUGAUAGGAGACCUGUAUAAAUAUACCCGCAUAUCUGCUUAUUCGGAGUUAUUCAUGAACAAAAAUCAUGAACGGAAGACUUAUUGUGCUGGGGCUUCUGAUCAUCUGUAUUGCAGCAGAUGCUGCAGCCAUGUAUCCUCAGCGAUACCAUAAGGUCAUAUGUCCUACAAAGAUCUACGGAUGCACAAAGAUUAUGCGCCCUGUGUGCGGCACUGAUGGAGUCACUUAUGCCAAUAAGUGUCUCCUCUGCAAGGAGAUGUAUGAAACCAAGAGGAGAAUUUAUGUCGUCAAAGAGGGACACUGCUAACCUGUAUGGUUGAUAAAAUCAACAGUAUGAGGCAGCCCAAAAAAUGAUAUCCACUGUUGUCUCAUUGUAAUAAAGUCUAAGUUUGAUCAAACUGUGA